AUGCCUGACUACGAGAUCCGGAGCGGCACAGCGACAAGUAGGGAGACUGGGUGGUUGGGAAGAAUCAUUCCAUACUUUGCAGACCCGGAACAUAUCUUGGUUCUCAAGCUCGAUGUCUUCCUCCUCGUGUGGGCCUUCGUGGCGGGACUGAUGAAAGAUAUGGAUCAGUCCGCGACGACAGCAGCCUACGUUUCCGGCAUGAAGGAAUCCCUCAAGCUUUACGGAAAUGAAUUGGUCGAGUUCACCACAUAUUUCUCAAUCGGAUACGCCAUCUUCAUUGUUCCCUCCCAGCUCGUACAGACCAAACUGAGGCCGUCUCUCUGGCUACCUAUUUGUGAGGUCAUCUGGGGAGCAUUCACAUUGGCCACCUUUGCUGCCAAGAACGCCCGCACAAUCUACAUUCUCCGGUUCUUUCUGGGUGUUUUCGAAGCAACAUCUUGGCCGGGCUUGGUGAACCUCAUCUUCAACUGGUACACCCCGUCAGAGAUCGGGAAACGACUUGCGAUAUUCGGUGUCAGCGGUGUAGCCGGAAACAUGUUUCUUGGAAUAGUCCAAGCUGCACUUUACAAGAACCUCGAUGGCGUGCACGGGCUAGAGGGGUGGCAGUGGCUCUUCAUCGUGUCCGGUAUCAUGACCAUGGUUUGGGGCCUGUACGGGCUCUUCGUCAUACCAGACGCGCCAUAUACCACCCGUGCCCUGUGGCUGACGGACCAUGAGAGGCAACUGGCCAGGUCCAGGAUGACAGAUACCGGUAUCAAGACGCAGGAAAAGAUCAAGGGAAAGGCAUUAUGGGGCAAGCUGAAGGCUAUUGUUGUUCAUCCAAUCGGCUACUUUUUCCUCGCUGCCUAUCUCCAGUUUGCCUGGUCGCAGCGGGCCAACUCCUACAUUCUUCUCUACCUGAAGGGUCUCAAGAAUUCUGCUGGUGAUCCUCUUUACUCAGUCUACACCGUCAACUUGAUUCCUCUGGGUGGAUAUGCCAUCUCGAUUGUCACCAAUAUUGGCCUCAACGCCCUUAGCGACUGGAAGAAUUGGAGAUGGCAGGUUGCCAUUGGCGCUGCUGGCCUGCAGCUGAUAGCCACGUCCGUUUUGUCCGGAUGGCCCGACGACCGAGCCACUGUUAUGGCCUUUUACUUCCUCACAUUUGCCACGGCCGCGUGGGGGUAUGCGUUGCUGGCAUGGCUGGGUACCCUCUUGAGCAAAGAACCUGAAGCGCGGUCCAUCAUUGUCGGCGCUGCUGUGACUUUGGUCUAUGUUGGACAUGCGACGAUUCCAUUGCGAGCGUGGCGGGUAGAAGAUUCUCCUCAAUACCCCGUCGGCUUUCCCAUGAGCGCAGCGUUCAGUGCUGGAAGUAUCCUGGUCAUCUUGGCCAUGGUCUGGUACGUGAGGCGCCAUCCCCAACUCUUGGAACAGGGAUUUGGCCACACAAACAAAGAUGAAGAAGAGCCUAGUAAGAUUGAUAGCGAAGACUCGGUGUAA